CUCACAUUUAACGUUGGUCGUUUUUUUCGGUCACUUCAUCUGACUCUGCCGUCGUUGUCGUUAUUGCCGCCGUUGUUUUCGUGAGUUUUACACGUUAAUCAUUUUUAUCUUUUAUUUUUGCUUGUCUAAGACUACUUGGUUUUGUGUUUCCGCUAUUCUACAAAAGUGCGAAUAUACUUUGUUUAUCUAUAAAAAUAAUCGGUUACAUUGUGCGGUUUGUUGUUAACCGGUUCAUAAAUAGACACAGAAUAGUUCGUGAAACAAGUCCAAGAAGCCAAAAGUGGUGGUCAUCGGACACCACAAAUACAAACAAAUAAAUAUUCAAAUAUUGUCCGGGGUGCCAAACAUUCACCACGACGGCAUCACCGGGAGCACAAAGCGGGACGACCAGCGAGGCUGAGGACUCGUCCAGGUCGUCGUUGGGCUCAACAAUGAUGUUAACACAGCAACAUCAUCAUCAUCACAAUAUGUUGUCACCCAUGUUCAAUUUUUUGGACGUCCCUUGUAGUAGUAGCCCGCCUUUAGCUGCAUUACACACGAUGACCGAAAUGAAGAACGGAUGCACAGCCGGUAAUCCGCAUGGCAUCGAACAAAUAUUAUCGCGGCCACCGACCACUGGAGCGGCCGUAGCCAUGAGCCAUCAACAAAGGGCGUUCAACAGCGUGGCCGGUAUUGCCGCAGCCGGUAUGGCCGCUGCAGCUUCGUAUUUUCACAACGGCGGCGUCAAACACCCAGCUACUACUCUGGCGGACCUAACUACCAGAAACCUCUACUGGCCCGGAUUUCAAGGGCUAGUAAAUAACCCAAUAGCUUGGAGGGACAGGCUGGCUAGUUUAAACAAUUCGAACCAAGACAAAGACGGUAAGAAGAAACACACUAGGCCCACGUUUAGCGGCCAACAGAUUUUCGCGCUGGAGAAGACGUUUGAACAAACAAAAUACCUGGCCGGCCCCGAAAGGGCGAAACUGGCGUACGCGCUGGGCAUGACCGAGUCUCAAGUUAAGGUUUGGUUUCAAAACAGGCGAACCAAGUGGCGAAAAAAGCACGCCGCCGAAAUGGCUACUGCCAAGAGGAAGCAAGAAGAGGCAGCCGACGAGAGUGACGAAGAUGAAGACACGAGGGACGAAAGUGCGGCCAAACGACUCAAAAGAGAAUUAGCCGCACAUUAUGGAGGCGGCGGCAUAUAGCAUCAGGUAUGGCCAACCGUUGGCCACUCCGGUACCUUAGACUUAAAGACUCAUGAUUAAUUGCUUUGAAAUGGGUCGCGUCUCGGGAGGUACACACUCACCACUACUACACUAUUUUAUUAUGUACAUUGAUCAAAUGGAUUAUUGAAAUUAUUUCAACACU